UUUAACCGAAAGCUUUAGAGUCAGAUAGGCGUCAUAAUAAUGGCAGAUAAGAUGGAUAUGUCCUUAGAUGAUAUCAUCAAACAGAGUAAGCGCGGGGGUGGGGGUCGCGGUGGAAGAGGCGGCCGCGGCCGGGGAGGUGCAGGCGGAGGUCGCGGUGGUGGCGUCGGGCGACUCGGAGGCGCCGGCGGAGGCUUUGGAGGCCGAGGCGGCGGAUCAGGCCCCAUGAGGAAUCGGCAACCGCUGAGCCGCGGUAGAAGCAGACCAACGCCGUACAACAGGCCCAAGCAGCUCCCCGAAAAGUGGCAGCACGACAUGUACGACAACGGCUUCAGCUCCAUGGGCGGCGGCGGAGGAGGUGGAGGAGGCGCGGGGGUCGAGACCGGAGGGAAGUUGCUCGUGUCCAACCUCGAUUUCGGUGUGUCGGACGCAGAUAUCCAGGAACUGUUUGCAGAGUUCGGCACCCUGAAGAAAGCGGCGGUUCACUACGACAGAUCUGGCCGAAGCCUCGGAACGGCGGACGUCCACUUCGAGAGGCGAGCCGACGCCCUCAAGGCCAUGAAGCAGUACAACGGCGUCCCCCUCGACGGGCGACCAAUGAACAUUCAGCUCGUCACGUCACAGAUCGACACACAGCAGCGGCGGCCGAUGCAGGGGCUGAACCGCGGCGGUGGUGGCGGCGUCGGGGGCAUGAACAGGAGCAGAGUGGGGGGCUUCGUCCAGAGGGGGGGUCGCGGCGGAGGCGGUCGAGGGGCCGGCGGACCCAGAGGUCGGGGCAGGGGUCGCGGCGGCGGCCGAGGAGACAACAAACAGCAGCUGUCUGCCGAGGAGCUGGACGCCCAGCUAGACGCCUACAACGCCAGGAUGGAUACCACCUAAAGUGCCGGACCUCCCCGCCUGUGCUCUGCCUGUCCAAUCACGAGAGUCCGUGGUCGCCGUGGAUAUAGCACUGGACCGUUUCAGAAAGUUUUACACCUGACGUCGUCUUCAGAUGUGAUUUAAAAUUGUGUAUCAUUUCUUUCUCUCCUUUUAAAAUGCUCCAGAAUGUUUUUUACCUAUUGCUCUUUUGCUCUUUUGCGUUUUUGGUUUUCAUUUUUCAAAAAAGAGAAGAGAGUGGUCUUGACUGUAGGAUUUAAUGGGGGGGUGUGUCAUCACUGUUGUCUGUUCCCCCUUACCCCUUGUAGAUCAUUGGAAUAAACCUACAGUUGUGUAUUACCAA